AUGGGUCUCGCAUUCUCAAAACUGUUUGACAGACUAUGGGGAAAGAAAGAGAUGAGAAUUUUGAUGGUUGGUCUUGACGCUGCCGGAAAGACAACCAUUCUGUACAAGCUCAAGCUUGGUGAAAUUGUCACUACAAUUCCCACUAUCGGAUUCAACGUCGAAACCGUCGAAUACAAGAACAUCCAAUUCACAGUUUGGGAUGUUGGUGGGCAAGACAAGAUUCGGCCUCUGUGGAGGCAUUACUUCCAAAACACCCAGGGCAUCAUUUUCGUGGUCGACUCCAACGAUCGGGAUCGUAUCGUUGAGGCACGUGAGGAACUUCAACGUAUGCUCAACGAGGAUGAGCUGCGUGAUGCUUUGCUCUUGGUCUUCGCCAACAAACAGGAUCUACCAAACGCCAUGAACGCUGCCGAAAUCACCGAUAAGCUUGGUCUGCACAGUCUCCGACAACGCGCCUGGUAUAUCCAAUCCACCUGCGCAACCUCCGGUGAUGGUCUCUACGAAGGUCUCGAAUGGUUGAGCAACUCGCUGCGCAAAGCCGGUCACUCCUGA